AUGCCUUUAAAUAAAUAUCAUUGUGAUAUUUGUGGCUUAGAUAUCUCUCGAGUUACUUAUAUUCGAUGCGCAAAUUGCGAUAACUUUGAUCUUUGUAUAUCAUGUUUUUCAGCAGGUUCUGAAAUAGGUACACAUAAAUCUGACCAUUCAUACCGUGUUAUUGAACAGCCAAUAUUUCCUAUUUUUGAUAAGGACUGGGGGGCUGAUGAGGAGUUAAUGCUUAUAGAAGGCCUUGAUAGCUACGGACUUGGCAACUGGCAAGAUGUUGCUGAUUAUCUUGGUAGUGGUAGAUCUAAAGAAGAAUGUGAAAGACACUAUAAUGAAAUAUAUAUAUCUAGUCCUUCUUUUCCAUAUGCGAAACAUCUAGCUUUUAAUAUUAAUCACGAAGAACUUCUAAAACAUAGAAGAGAAAGAAUUAGAAAACUAUCAUUAAUAAACAAACUUUCUUUUCUACAAAAACAUAAACCAGUAGUUUCUACUCCAUCAUGUCAUGAAGUACAAGGGUAUAUGCCUGGUCGACUUGAAUUUGAAACAGAAUAUGAAAAUGAUGCAGAACUCACAAUUAAAGACAUGAAUUUUGACGAUGAACUUUCUGAUGACACGGAAGAUGUUAUUGAAUUAAAAUUAACAAUAUUAGAUAUAUAUAACUCUAAAUUAAAUAAACGUUCAGAAAGAAAAAGAAUUAUAUUUGAACACGGACUUUUAGAUUAUAAAAAAAACAUGGCUAACGAAAAAAAAAUGACUAAAAGUGAAAAAGAACUAAUUAAUAAAAUCAAGGCUUAUGCUAGACUUCAAAAUGCUUCAGACUAUAAUGCAUUUUCCAAAGGACUAUUAAAUGAAUUAAAAAUCCGAAGAAAAAUUUCAGAAUUACAGAAAUGGAGACAAAAUGGAUUUACUACAUUAGAAGAAGGCCAAAAAUAUGAACGCGAUAAAGCUCAAAAACAACUAGCAAUACGGAAUUCUAUAACUUCUGAGAGAACUAUUUCACGUCAUGCAAAAAACUCAUCAAAAUUGCCACAAACUAUAUCUUCAGAUGAAUGUGCUUCAAAUCAAACAAAAGACUCUAAUUCUAAGCCCUUAAAAAAACAAACAACUUCUUUUAAACUAUUAACUGCAUCUGGACAACAUCUUCUUACACCUAGUGAACAAACACUUUGUACUCAAUUGCACAUUUUACCAAAACCGUAUCUCGUUAUUAAAGAAACAAUCUUUCGAAAACUUAUAAAAACAAGGGGCAAGUUAAAGAAAAAAAAAACUCGUGAACUGAUAAAAAUUGAUGUUAAUAAAACUUCAAAAAUCCUUGAUUUUAUGAUUAAUCAAGGAUGGAUUAAAAAAAAAGGAUCUACUUAA